AUGUCGGGAAAAAUGACGUUGUACAAGCUGGUGGUGCUGGGAGAUGGAGGUGUCGGCAAGACCGCCCUGACCAUCCAGCUGUGCUUAAACCACUUUGUCGAAACCUACGACCCGACCAUCGAAGACUCAUAUCGCAAACAAGUCGUCAUCGAUCAACAAUCCUGUAUGCUCGAGGUGCUGGACACAGCGGGCCAAGAAGAAUACACCGCACUACGAGACCAGUGGAUUCGCGAUGGUGAAGGCUUCGUCCUCGUCUACAGCAUUACCUCACGCGCCUCCUUCUCCCGCAUCACCAAAUUCUACAACCAGAUCAAGAUGGUCAAGGAGUCUUCCAGCUCCGGCUCCCCCUCCGGUCCCAGCUACCUCAACUCCCCCAUGAGCACUUCCAGUCCCGCCAUGCCCGUCCCCGUCAUGCUCGUCGGCAACAAGAGCGACAAAGCCGUGGAGCGCGCCGUCUCCGCCCAGGAAGGCCAAGCGCUGGCCAAAGAGCUGGGCUGUGAUUUCGUCGAGGCCUCUGCGAAAAACUGUAUCAAUGUCGAGAAGGCCUUCUAUGACGUGGUGCGCAUGCUGCGAGCGCAGCGACAACAAGGGGCUGGUCGGGGUGCGGAUCGCCGCCCGACGGGCUUUGGAUCCGGUCAUCGCGAUCGCGACGCAGGCCCUGAAUACCCCAAGUCUUUCCGACCUGACAAGCGGCAUCGCAGUCGACUUCAGUGUACUCUUCUGUGA